GGAGAAGAGAGAGAGGGAGCUCAGAGUGGGGGAGAGAUGGAGUGAGACGGAGAGAGGGAGAGAGGGGGAAAGGUAGAGGAACCGAGGAAAGAGAGGGAGACAGAGAGGAGGGAGGGAUCCACGCAGAGUGACAGAGAGAACAACCGGGGAGGGGGGUUGGUGGGGAAGGAAAAAAAAGCUUGGAGAAGAGAGGCAAGUGUGAGCGGGAGCAGGCAGGCAGGCAGGGGAGCGAGAAGCGGCGGCUGCGAGCCCGGAGGCGUGCGGGCCGCGGACAGCUGUUGGCUGCGCAGCCCGAGGGCCGUCGGGGAGCAGCCCCUCGGGGCGGCAGAAGAUGCUGAGGAGCCGGAGGCCAGGGGAGCGAGGAGCCCAGGCCCGGGGCAGGCGCCAAAGUUAGGGGGCCCCGGUCUGCGAGGGCCGGGCGGAGGGGAGAGCCGGGGCGAGCUGAGCGCUGGGGAGACCCCCGAACGGGAGCUCGCGCCCCGCCGGGCGGGACAAGUUUGGGGGAGGGGGGAGAUCGAAGCCACCCUCCUCCCCGGCCUGCGGCCCUCGCCUCCCUCCGCCAGCACGGAUCCAGGCCCGGCCGGAGGGACGGAUUUCUCCGUGGGAUGUAGCACCCACCGCCGGCCUUCAGUCUGGAGCUGUUUCCUCCAGAGGUUACGCUGGGAAACUCCAACCCCCCCUAGGUCCAGCGUCAUCCCGGGCGGUGAGGACGGCCACUGGAGCUCGGCCCGGGGCGGGAUGAACGGACACAGCCGGAACGGGCAGGCCCACGCCCCCCGGCGGAAACGCCGCAACCGCUUCGUGAAGAAGAAUGGCCAGUGCAACGUCUACUUCGCCAACCUCAGCAACAAGUCCCAGCGGUACAUGGCGGACAUCUUCACCACGUGCGUGGACACCCGCUGGCGCUACAUGCUCAUGAUCUUCUCGGCCGCCUUCCUGGUCUCGUGGCUCUUCUUCGGCCUGCUCUUCUGGUGCAUCGCCUUCUUCCACGGGGACCUGGAGCCGGGGCCGGGGCCGGCGGGCGGGCCGGCGGGGGCGGGCCCCGGGGGAGGCGGCGGCCCCCCGCCCGCGGCCGUGAAGCCCUGCAUCAUGCACGUGAACGGCUUCCUGGGGGCCUUCCUCUUCUCGGUGGAGACGCAGACCACCAUCGGCUACGGCUUCCGCUGCGUGACGGAGGAGUGCCCGCUGGCCGUGAUGGCCGUGGUGGUGCAGUCCAUCGUGGGCUGCGUCAUUGACUCCUUCAUGAUCGGCACCAUCAUGGCCAAGAUGGCGCGGCCCAAGAAGCGGGCGCAGACGCUGCUCUUCAGCCACCACGCCGUGAUCUCGGUGAGGGACGGCAAGCUCUGCCUCAUGUGGAGGGUGGGCAACCUGCGCAAGAGCCACAUCGUGGAGGCGCACGUGCGCGCCCAGCUCAUCAAGCCCUACAUGACGGAGGAGGGCGAGUACCUGCCCCUGGACCAGCGGGAUCUCAACGUGGGCUACGACAUCGGGCUGGACCGCAUCUUCCUGGUGUCCCCCAUCAUCAUCGUCCACGAGAUCGACGAGGAGAGCCCCCUGUACGGGAUGGGCAAGGAGGAGCUGGAGUCGGAGGACUUUGAGAUCGUGGUCAUCCUGGAGGGCAUGGUGGAAGCCACGGCCAUGACCACCCAGGCCCGCAGCUCCUACCUGGCCAGCGAGAUCCUCUGGGGCCACCGCUUCGAGCCCGUGGUCUUCGAGGAGAAGAGCCACUACAAGGUGGACUACUCGCGCUUCCAUAAGACCUACGAGGUGGCCGGCACCCCGUGUUGCUCGGCGCGGGAGCUCCAGGAGAGCAAGAUCACGGUCCUCCCCGCCCCGCCGCCACCGCCCAGUGCCUUCUGCUACGAGAACGAGCUGGCACUCAUGAGCCAGGAGGAGGACGAACUGGAGGAGGACGUGGCCGGCCUGGGGCUGGAGGGCGGCUCCAAGGAAGACGGCGGCAUCAUCCGCAUGCUGGAGUUUGGGAGCCACCUGGAUUUGGAGAGGAUGCAGGCCACCUUGCCCCUGGACAACAUCUCCUACCGCCGGGAGUCAGCCAUCUGACCUCUAGUCCUCCCGCCUAGCCCCGGGUCCCCUCCCACUCCCCCGUUCCCUAAUCCUUGUGGGAAAAUCCCCCCUUCUAGACAGGAGAAGGACCAGCAGAUCAUGAGCAUCCCCUCCCUCGGUGUCCCUGGGACAAACAUCCCCCCCUCCCGAGGACAGAACCCACCCAGACCCAGGGGAACCCUUCUGGUGGCUCAUGAGUAUAUGAGCAGAGGUCUGUCCCCCAUUUCCUCUCACUUCGAUGCCCCGGAAUCAGACUCUGGCGACAGGGAAGCCCCCCUCCCCGAGGUCUGCCGUACCAACCGUCCCACGCCAUCCACCCCGUGGGUCUCACUGUCAGACUCCACCCGGUGACCCAGAACCGCCCGAUGUGGCACCCGACCCCCUUCCAGGACAGGCCCCCGUUGCCCUGGAGAACUUUGGGAAGGCCCCCGGGACGAAGGGAAGGUGGGGAGGCCCGCCGGAGGCCAGGGCUGGAAGGCUGGCUGGGGAGAAGUAGAGGGAAAGGUUUACCUUGCAUGUUUGUGACCUGUCACACAUCCUUUUGUAAAUAUAUACAUUAUAUAUAUAAAGACAAGAGAGAUCCAACCCAGAUUCUUUGAUUUCCCGGGGCAGGAGGUGGAGGUGAAGCAGGGCCCCUCUUCUUCUCCCCCACCGACUGGCUCUGAGGGCUCCUCGGCCCCUAGGCCAUCUCAGAACGAGGGGAGCAGACCCAGGAAGUCCCCCAGGGUCGGCGAGCGCCACUCCCUUCACAUGCCGGCCCCACCUUUGCUGGUUCCCUGACCUCCCACCCCCAGCUUAGGCCCAGCCUUCCUGCCCUCCCAACACACAACUGUACAAUGGGAUUUUUAAUUAUUUUUAAUAAAGUUUCCAAUCCUCUUGGAGCCACAUGGACCAAAAGGAAGGGGAGAAAGAGA